GAGGUAUGGUCACAUUGGCCCCACUGGAAAACUGCAAUGGAGGGGCCAGGAAGACCCUCGGAGUUAUGAGAUGCUGUUGAGCCUGCUCUGCCCUGGAUCCCAUGGCAGAAUGCAGCAGCUUUGAGGCUGGGGUUAGGGAGCUAGAAGUAGGAGAAAUCCUUGGGGUGGAGCUGGACAGUGGAGAAGCACUGGGAGUGGAAGGAGGGCUACUCUCCCAGCUGCUUCACUCUCCUGACUACAACCUGUUCCCCAAUUCAGUCGUCUUUGAAAGCAACUUCACCCAGGUCAUGAAGUUGGAGAACUGGGUGCCCUUCCAAGACCCAGCUAAGUUAAUAACCCUCGGGGUGACCUCCACCGUGCCCAGUCUGCCACUCCCUAACAUCCUCCUGAUGGCCGAGAUCACCAGACCCCAGGAAGAGUUCCCCAGGAAGGACCAAUCAUCGGGGACACCCAACAUCAACCUCAAUAGAAUCCUCCCACUGAAGUUUGUGGAGCUCCAGAUCUAUGACAAAUCCCAGCAUAUUCUGAGACUCCGAAUGGUGACCGAGAAGACUUACUACCUGAAGCUUCAUUCCAACUACCCUGAUGUCGUCUUUUGGCUCUGGACGAGGCUUGUGAAAAUUCUACAGAAAGGCCUGUCUUUCACCACCAAAGACCCAAACAUCAACAUCCCUCACUGCCUAGUGCCCAGAAUAUCCCCCAACUCCUCCGACUCCCAAGGACGGCCGGAAAGCAAUUCGUCAUCAUCAUCUUCAGAGGGCCCCAACCAAAUCAUCACAGAGGAGAAGGGAGCAUCUGACAACCUCUCCCAGCUCUCUAUGAGAAAGUGGCCACAGAGCGAAGUGUUCAAAACUGAGUGGGGCGCCCAGUUCCAAGCCAGCAGCAGCAGCAGCAGUACCAGCAGAGAAAGUUUGCCAAACAUCAGCACAGGAUUCUCAGGAGGUUCUAGACAUUUCUUUUCUACCCAAAUUGAAGAACAGCACUCACACUGUGCCCAUGAGCUUGGCCUGUUUCCCAGGGAAGAGACAGCAUCACAGUGGAGCGACAUGGGCAAUUAUGGACUUUGGGAAAGAGAGAAUCCUUCUGUACCACAACCCCUCUCCCUGCUCAGCACCCUGGCAGCCUCGACCCGGCGCUUCUGGCCCCCCCCCUUAGGAGAGAAAUUCUUUACAUGCUGCACUUAUUGGUCUCAGGAGGUGGUAUUGGAGGGCCCCUUGACUCUCCGUCCAGAUUGAUGGUCCAAAAUUGUCCAACUUCAACCUAAUAAACAAGAGAUGCAUCCUCA